AUGCCAUCAACUCCUCGGCCAACGCACCCACGACUGCUACAAUUUUGGGGUUUUCUCCACAAAUAUCUCAGACGAUUUUCUCGGUCGUAUUGCAACUGGGUCGGAGUCUCUUACGAUAAUCAGAUUGCUCAGCUUCCGUUCGGAUUGAUUUUGAAAUGGUCCGAUGGUACUCGGAUCGAGGAAGUUUUAUCUAUGCAGGUUGCACGAAGUGCAGGUCUCCCAGUUCCAAGGGUGAUUUGCUAUGGUGAGCACCCUGAUACACCCCAUGCACCGGUCUCGAUUCUUAUGACUCGCGUGCCCGGUGAAGAAUUGGGCCGAGCCUACGAAGCACUCAGCGACGAGGACCGAAACUCAGUUCUAGAAGAGCUCAAAGGCUAUCUGAAGAUCAUACGAGGGUGGCCGAGCCCAUGGGACGGGCAGAGGAUUUGUUCUCUUCAAGGUACUUCAAUAAGGAGUGUCCGCCUUCCUGGUCAUUUUGCCGGUCCAUUUGAGUCAGAGGAAGACUUUAAUGAGUAUCUCAUACGGCCCGCUUGGUCAGAUGGCUUCUCAUCAGAUACGGAAUACAAAGAUGCACUGAAUCGCGCCAAAAUGAUGGGAAGCUUGCGCCAUCGUAUUGUGUUUACCCACGGAGAUCUAAAGCAUCAUAACAUUCUGGUGCAAGGAGGCAAGAUCACCGGCUUUUUGGAUUGGGAAUCGGCAGGUUGGUACCCUGAAUAUUGGGACUUCACUACUGCAUUGAGGUUCACGCAGGAAGACUUUUGGUGGUACAACUUUGUGAUGAAACUCGGUGGCGAAUCAUAUCUAGCAGAGCUGGAUUCUGAAAACGCAUUGACUUCUCUGACAGGUGCUUCCUAUUAUUGGUGA